AUGGGAAGCAAUUUUGUUCAAGGAGAAGCCAGUCACGUUGUGAGUUUUGAUGAAUACCAAGAGGACUACUUCAACAAUAUAGACCACUCUUUGUCCAGAUGCAACUCAAGCCCAGGAAGCGAAGCCGAGAUAGUAAGCCAUCAUCAAGAAAGGGUCGACGAGAACCUCAAUGUACACCACCUUAUGCCCAGACGCACCUCAAGGCGAGGAAGCGAAUCCGAGAUUAAAAGCCUUCAUCAAGAAGGGGUCGACGAGAACCUCAAUGUCCGCCACUUUAUGCCCAUAAGCACCUCAGGGCCAGGAAGCGAAUCCGAGAUUGAAAGCCUUCAUCAAGAAGGAGUUGACGAGGGCCACCUAGCGAUGAUGCGAAACAGGAUCUCCUCCAUCCCAUUAAUGAUACCUAGAGAACUCCUCGUCGCCGGAAACCCUUGCAUCUUCAGGCUUCCUGAGAGAUUCAAGAACAUCAACGGUAAGUCUUACGAGCCACAAAUGGUGUCAAUCGGGCCCUACCACCGUGGCAAGCCUCACCUCCAAAUAAUGGAGGAAUUCAAGUGGCAAUGCCUCGCCUACUUUCUCAAGAGGCCCCACGAUCUAAAUCUCUACAUGGCAAACCUACUUCCACUUGAAAUGAGAGCUAGAAACUGUUAUUCCGAAACCAUCAAUAAUCUCACCAAGAGUGAGUUCCUCGAAAUUAUGCUUCUUGAUGGUUGUUUUAUUUUAGAAUUACUUCGCUUCCUUUACUCUGUGGAAAUCGAAGAUAUACGGGAAGUGCAAAGCCACCCUCUUGCCCGGAUGGGUAGGCUAAAAUUACUAAAGAUCUACAAGGACUUGCUCCUGCUCGAGAAUCAAAUCCCCUCUUUUGUUCUGCUACAGUUAUUUCAACUUUCCAGGAUGGCUUGGUCUUGGGGGCAUACAGAUAGGGCCUUCUCCUUUAUUGGCAUAAAAGUUUUUUCAGCGAUACUGGGAAUCCGAUACUCCGGAGACAAGUCUCGGUUCAACGGGAGUUUCUUGCAUUUACUGGACAUGGUUCGGUCCAUUUUUAUUCCACCCGAUCAUGAAGCUAUUCUUCAGGAUCGCGAUGAAGGAUUCCCGCUAGAGUACUGGUACAAACCAUUCAAUACUAUUCCCAGUGUCUCGAAGCUCCGCCAUGCGGGAAUUAAGGUCAAUCCACGUAAGGAUUGCUUUUUGGUGGCUGAAUUCUUGAACGGUGCGAUUGAAAUGCCCAAUAUAAUUCUCAACGACUUAAUGUGUUCUUUACUGGUGAACUGUGUCGCAUUCGAGCAGUCCUACAACAACAGUUCAAAGCACUUCUCGGUCUACGCCCUUUUCUUGGACUGCCUUGUGAACACGGUCGGAGAUGUCGAGUACCUUUGCGACCGCCGUGUCAUUGACAAUUACAUCGGGACCAACCUCGACGCUGCAGGGUUCAUCAACAUUUUGGGCAAGGACUUGACCUUUGAUAUUGAUUACUUCAAUUUGUGGAGCUUGUUUUUCAAUGUUAAUGAGUAUUAUCGGAAUAGGCUCAACAGGCACUGGACGAGCUUCAGGCGCGAGUAUUUUAACAAGCCAUGGUUGUGGAUUUCAGCAUUGGUUGCCUUGGUGCUCUUUGUGCUUACGUUUUUGCAGACCUUUUUUACCAUCUAUGCUUAUGUACAUCCUAAAAACUAG